UAUUAGCUCAUCUCAAUUCCCUAAGCUUCACUUUAAUGUCAUCAAACCUGUCACCCAACUUGCUCAAAUUUUUCCUAACACUCUCACUUCCACCGACCCAAAAGUUCCAAAUUCUUGGAAUUCACAAAAUACCCAUCUUCAACCUCACACUUCUCCUUCACCUUUUCCCAAUUUUGCUAGAUUUUUUCCUCUUAUCUCAUACACACCAAGGUAUGCUAUUUUUUUCAGCUUAAUUAGACAUGGACAAGAAUUUACCCCAUAUUGGUUUUUUGUCGUCAAACCGAGGGUCUGUCGGAAACAGCGUCUCCACUAUGAUAAGGUAGACAUAAGAUCUGUCUACGCAUUACCCUCACUCAGAGCCCACUUGUAGGAUUAUACAGGAUUUGUUAUUGUUGUUGUUGGUUUUUGUAGUCUGUCUUGUACCUUAAAUGUCUGCUUCUUGCUAUGUUUUAUCUUUGAAUUUUCUUGGAUAAUGGUGGUGUUCGAGCCAGUUUGUGCGUACCUCAACUAAAUCUUGCUGAUACCUGCUAUCUUCCUCCAGCAGAAGUACUGAGUGUGCUUGAAUUGAAGAUGGUUUCUUUGAAAAGGUUGUUUUUUGCUAGCAUUGUGUGUUUUAUCAGUUUUUCAUCAUUGGUAUGUGCUUCUUUUACUCCAAUAGACUGUUUCUUGAUUAGUUGUGGGAGUAGUAAAUCUAUACAAGUUGAAGAUGGUAGGGUUUUUGAACCUGAUUUUGGGGAUUCUGAUGUGGGGUUGAGUACCAAUUCACUUAUUACAGUAUCAAAUAGUGAAAAUGGUUUAUCUGAACUUCAUAAUUCUGCUAGAGUAUUUACCAAAAGUUCAGUAUAUACCAUUAGUACAAAGGAAAUUGGUAGACAUUGGUUAAGGUUGCAUUUUUACCCUGUCAAGAAUAAUCAGCAUAACCUAAAAUCAGCUGUUUUUUCUAUUGUGGCAAAUGGUAUUACACUGCUUCAUGAGUUUUCCUUUUCAAAAUUGGGGAAAAUUGAUCCUCUCUUGAAGGAAUACGUAGUCGAAAUAGGUGGAUCGAGUUUUGAGAAUUUAGUACUUACAUUGACUCCAGCUAGUGGCUCGAUUGCAUUUAUCAAUGGGAUAGAAGUGGUUUCUAUACCUGAGGGACAAUUUGAUUUUAGUGUUAUCCCAAUUCCAAUGGGUCCCGGGUUUGUUAUUCCGUCCUCGGUUACCUUAGAAACAGCUUAUAGAGUGAAUAUGGGAGGUCCAAAGUUGACACCAAGAAAUGACACUUUGUGGAGGAUAUGGAAUUCAGAUCAUUCAUUUCUUGUCCAUCCUUCUUCUGCCCGCAACGUGACUAAGGAUCCGAAAACAGUCAAGUAUCCAGCGGGUGAGUCGGUUGAUAUUGCACCGAAUUGGGUUUAUGCUACUGCUCAAGAAAUGGCAGAUGCCAAAGUAAUGGAUCAGAAGUUUAAUAUUACAUGGGCAUUUCAAGUUGAACAUGGAUUCACUUACUUCAUUAGGAUGCAUUUCUGUGACAUUGUUAGUGCUUCUCUUAACAAUUUGAUCUUCGAUGUCUACAUCAAUAACCAAACGGCUGUGGAGUCAUUGGAUAUCUCUACCAAGACAAUGGCAUUGUCGGCUGCUUACUUUGCGGAUUUUGUAGUAAAUAUGACUAUGGAAUCGGACAAAAUUUUCGUUCAAGUUGGUCCUUCUAAUUUAAGGACUACUCAAGCCAAUGCAAUUCUAAACGGUUUGGAGAUAAUGAAAAUGAGCAAUCCUAGUAAUAGCCUCGACGGAGAAUUUGUCAUAUAUUCUAGUGAUUCCAAAAGAUCGAAUACUAAGAGACAUGUCAUGGUAGCAAUUUUCGCUACGGUAGGAGGGUUAGCAGGAUUAUUGCUCAUCGCAGCGUCCUGUUUUCUCUGUUUUGUUUGUUUCCGCAAGCCAAAGGUAUUGGCGAAACAAAAAUCUUUGUCAUGGCUAUCUUUUCCACACCAAGUUGGAAUUUCAGAAACCAAAAUAUCAGCAGGUAGUUUUGCUUCAACGACACCUUCACGGACCUUGGGCCGCGUCUUCGCCUUCUCUGAGAUUCGUGAAGCUACCAAGGACUUCGACGAGAGCUUGGUCAUUGGCGUUGGUGGCUUUGGCAAAGUUUACAAAGGGGUGCUAGAAAAUGAGGUUAUGGUUGCUGUAAAGAGGGGAAACAGUAAAUCUCAACAAGGACUUGUGGAGUUCAGGACAGAGAUCGAGAUGUUAUCUAAGCUUCGCCACAGACACCUAGUUUCUCUAAUUGGCUAUUGUGAGGAGCUCAAUGAGAUGAUCCUCGUAUACGAAUUCAUGGCAGGUGGACCUCUUAGAAAACAUUUGUACGGAUCAGAUAUUCCUCAUCUAUCAUGGAAACAAAGACUAGAAGUAUGCAUUGGAGCGGCAAAAGGAUUGCAUUAUCUUCACACGGGGGCAGCCGAGUGCAUCAUCCACCGCGAUGUAAAGACUACCAACAUCUUGUUAGACGAAAACCUCACCGCAAAAGUGGCUGAUUUUGGUCUAUCAAAAUUUGGUCCUGCAUUGGAUCAAACUCAUGUGAGUACUGCUGUGAAAGGAAGUUUUGGUUACCUCGAUCCAGAGUAUUAUCGUCGACAGCAACUCACAGAGAAGUCUGAUGUCUAUUCUUUUGGAGUAGUACUUAUGGAGGUUCUAUGUGCUCGGUCAGCAAUCAAUCCAUCUCUUCCAAGAGAACAAGUAAACAUUGCCGAAUGGGCAAUGCAUUGGCAAAAAAAGGGCCAAUUAGAGCAGAUAAUCGAUCCUUAUCUUGUCAGAAAAGUGAGCAUUGAUUCGCUUAGAAAAUAUGGUGAAACUGCUGAGAAGUGUUUGGCUGAGUACGGUUGUGAGAGGCCAUCGAUGGGAGAUGUUCUUUGGAAUCUUGAAUAUGCUCUUCACUUGCAAGAGGCUGCUACACAAUCAUUAGAGGACGAGAACAGCCAUAACAUACCGGAUAUACCUUACUCAAUUCCACGUGUUGAGUCGGGACCAGCUGACGAAAUUGACAUUGUUAGCCAUGGAGAAUCUGAUGUAACAACUUCAUCUGGAGUGUUUUCUCAGCUAAUGAAUCCAAAGGGAAGAUAAAGAAGAGGUAUGUGAUUGUAAAAGAAAGAAACUGUGGUUAUAGUGUUCUUUUUUCAUACUAUAUUAGUGGAUUUAUACCUUACAUUAUCAAUCUUAGGAUGAAGAUUUCUUGAUGCACUUUUAGGUAUGGCUUGCACAGCUUACAUUAUGAAUCAAUUGUAGUAAUGUUUUUAUUGUAAUUUCCAUGUGAUGCCUAGUUUUCUU